CUUCCUGAGAAGCACGUUUUCUCACUGACAUCAACAGUGCUGCCAUCUUCACCGUCCGUUUGUAACACGCUGGCCUUGGUAUUACUCUGCUGCGUGCUUAAGAAAGACUUCAUAAGAUUCUGAUAUACGGACCUGUAGCCGCGAAGGUGUGCAGAUUUCCACGAGAUAUCCGUACGUGUUCUAUGGAAACAGCUCUGGGCAACAGGAUCGCGACAGAGAGUACGAUCAUGCCUUGCCACAACCAGCAGCUGAAGAGCGCGAGCCAACCUGACUCGGAGCACGCGUACAAACAGGUCCGCUUCGCGCACAACGCCGCGGAUGGAGAGGCGCGUGAUCGCGGCGUGGAUGGGGUGAACGGAGAGCCGUGUGAGUGGCAGCUGGGGCCGCAGGUGAAGCUCCUACCUCUGAAUGACCAAAUCCGAGAGCUGCAGACCAUCAUCAGAGACAAGGCAACCAGCAGGGGGGACUUUGUGUUUUGCGCAGAUCGACUGAUAAGACUUGUGGUUGAGGAGGGACUCAACCAGCUGCCAUAUUCAGAGUGCACAGUGACUACACCCACAGGGCACAAGUAUGACGGAGUUAAAUUCGAGAAGGGCAACUGUGGCGUCAGCAUCAUGAGGAGUGGGGAAGCCAUGGAACAGGGCCUGAGAGACUGCUGCAGGUCCAUCCGCAUCGGCAAGAUCCUCAUCCAGAGUGACGAGGAGACCCAAAAGGCCAAGGUGUAUUACGCCAAGUUCCCCCCUGAUAUCUACAGGAGGAAGGUGCUGCUCAUGUACCCCAUACUCAGUACUGGUAAUACAGUGAUUGAAGCAGCGCGGGUAUUGAUAGAGCACGGCCUCCAGCCAAAACACAUCAUCCUCCUCAGCCUGUUCUCCACCCCCCAUGGGGCCGCCUCCAUCGUCCAGGAGUUCCCGGACAUCACUAUACUGACUACAGAGGUGCACCCGGUGGCUCCGACCCACUUUGGACAGAAGUAUUUUGGGACAGACUAACUGUCCAUCAGUUAGGCUGCGCUACAGGAACUGCUGCCAGUGUGCUUUUCGGCAGCAUCCUCCCUUUUUGCUAAGAGCUGCAUGGUUAGUAUCUGCCUCGGCCACUUUACAUGCCUGAUCACGUGAGCUGUUCAAUGAUAACGCCAAGUAUUGCUCCGACAAAGAAAAGCACAUUCCAUUCAGGUCUUUCUGGGAAUGAUGUGGUUGUUUCUAGCUAAUGUGGCUAACCAUCUUAUUUAAUCGGUUUUGAAUAAAAUUCACGUUGCAUUUUAUUCCGCCAUCGCAGUGAGGGAAUUGCGUUGCUCUCUUCCUCGAAUGUAGCUUAGCUGUCAACAGAUGAGAACUUGUGGGUUUCAGACACUCCAGGUAACAAGUAUAUAUACAAUUGUGUAAGCAACAAAAUUUAUUUUAUAAAUACAAAGAUGUGGCAAGUACAUCAGAAUGUUCUUGCUCCAUCUGUUAGCAUUUUACUAGCUGUGUACCAAAUCAGAAGUUCCACACGUUUAGUAUGAGUAUUUCAAAUUACUGCCAUCAUACAUAAUUGCAUCUGUAACACACAGACAGGAAAUUCAUCUAAACAAACAUGUAUAACCAACCAAAUCAGGAGAGACAAGAAGUGCUUCUGUGGUAAAUACAUACUCCUGUGGCAUUGCACAAAACACAUGGAAAACAAAGAACGAGGCAAACCAGAUGUCCAAGAAACACCUCAACCCUUCAUCGUAAUCACUUCCAGCAAUCCUCCCCUGGAAUAAACAUAAUGGUUAAAGAAAUGGACCCUUAAAUCCCAGGAGAUGGGCUGCUUUUAUACCCUUCAGCAGGUUUUUUUUAACCCAAAUAUUUCCAGGGAAAUAUCUAGCUGUGUUAAAAGGGUAAUAUUUUAAGUAACUUUUCAUGAUCAAAUAACACUUUAAAAUCCUACGCAUGGCAAUAGCAGCUGUGACUAACAUUUGGUAGUAUGAGAAUUGAAAAAUCUAAAAAUAAAAUAAUUGUAUAUUCCAGUAAACUAUAUCUGUGUUAUUACAAAUCAUAUUUACACAGAGGAUGGAUGGUACAUGUAAAUUUAACUUUCUUUGCGGAUAGCAAUGGUUUUCUUAGCAGAUUAAGAUACGAGAAUUAAAAUGUUCUGAAAAUAAAGAACUCCAAAUAA